AUCUGCUUUUCCAUCGUUGUUUGCAGCUCGACUACGAUGUCUAUAUCCCUGCGGCUGAGCAGGAUCUGGGCCUGGAUCCUGGGCCAAUACAAUCUUGCAUGUGUCUUCAACGGCUUCUUCCCGCUGCCCGUCUCACCUCUCACCGAUUAGUCCUCACCAUGCAUAAGGCGACCAAGGGCUACCCUAGGCGAGGGAGCCUGGCUUCAGCCCGUCCUCUUGCCAGCGGCCACACCUCCCCUCUCGUGCAAUGAUACCUUCUUAUCGUGCAUCUCUGUCCCAAGAGACUGAACAGUCCCUUGUAUGUGCAGACUCGAUAUCCGAGUCAUCGUCAUGGCGGGUGCAAUCAUGGUCCAUUUCUACCUCUACGACGAUCCGCCGGUGAGUAUGGUUAAUAUACCUCAGGCGGGACUCUGAAGAGUAGACCAUCAAAGUGAAGACAGCUUGCCUGUCUUUCGAAGCCAUGUCUGCAGAGAACCAACACUGGAGCUCGUUGCACCAACCCACCAACACAAGGAUGACUUUCGCCGAGCGUCUUCAAGACCGUCUGGCCAUCAGCGACCACACGCGGGGAUCUUCAAGAGAAGGAACUAUCCCCAGCUAUGUCCACACUCCCACCGAGAGUGUGGACUGGUCCCAGGCAUCUUUCGUCUUCGACAAGUCCCAAGGUGCAAAGGUAACCUGUCUGGACGAUCUGCACUCGGCAUCAUGCCGUGAUUUUCCUCAGAACGAGAAGUAUACUCCCUUGUCCAACGAUGGCCAAGAGUUGCAAUGCCCACCACCUAUCUUGUGGAAGACGAUUCUGCUCCCGACGGCAGCCAUCAUCUUCCCCAUGGCCGCUCUGGUGGCCGGACUGCUCGCCUUGAUUUUUGGCUACCGAGUCAAGUCCGACGACAGUCUGUUUGAGGAAGUGUCCAACGCGGCAGCCUUGCGAGAUCAUGCCGUAGUGCUGGUCAACUACUCAGCUACCCGGAUUGUCUUUGUAGCGUCAUGGGCGUCGACGCUGGCACCCCUACUAUCCGGUUUCAUCAUGAGCCUGUCCAGCUUCCAUCUGGCUCUGGCCAUGUACCGGUCGUCCUGUGCUUCGGAGGCCCAACACGAUCUCCCCACGCCAUAUCAAUACAGUCUUCUCGUUGGACUAUGCUUAGCUUCGACAGGAAGGUUGAGGAGGUAUUUCUCCUACUCGAAAACCCACGGAGUCAUUGUCCCGCCCAUUCUCCGUCGAGCCGCUCGCAUGCUGGCCUUGUCACUCUUUCUGGCAUGCGUCGUGUUCGCAACUGAUACGGCCCUUCAUUACACGACCAGCACGAUCAACUUCGACCAGGUAUCCAUUUCCGCCACCGUGCACAGCUAUGGCCGUGGACUCUCGUCCGACUGUUUGACGCUCAACCGUUCCGAUAACUUCGGUCUGCCGUGCUCACGCAACGGGGCCGUUGCAGAAGCAGAUUAUGACACCUACGUGGCAGGUCAGAACGAGAUUUUCUUCCUGCAACACGGGACAUCGAAUAUCUCGGAAAUCCGACUCGUUGACCACCCAAACUUGGCCAACGAGAAGGUUGCCCUUUUGCUUCCUCAGAGCGACAAUCUCUCGCCGUUUCGUGACUAUCGCGCCGAAACCACCGGCGUCGUCACCACCUGCACACCCAUCAGCUCAGAAUGCCAAUGGAAGUCAUGGGGCCACCUAGAUCUCUACAGCCAGUUCAACUGCAGCGACGAGUUCUACGGCGUCCUCGGCAAAGCCGCCAACGUAAGCAACGCGGGCACUGUCGUCAGUGAUCCAGAUGUGCCUCCACUAGGGUUCAAGCCAGGUGCUGGGCUCCAGUACGGAUUCUACAUGGACAAACAGCUGACCCAACAAUACGACAGCACGGGCAACUUCGGACCCUUCAUGACGGACGCCCAGCUCAUCAACCCUGUGUACCUGGGCAUCGCAUCACGCUUUGCUUCGACAUCUCAACGGGCGGGAGUCAACAUGUCCAGUGACCAGGGUGUGCACAAAGGGCCAACCUCGAACAUUGAUUUCGUGCUCCAAUGCCAAUACACAACCUAUCUCGUCGACUACAGCUGGGUGAACUCGACAGCACGGAUCAACAAGCUUACACCAUCCCCUAACGGCACAUUGGCAGAGAUAUACCACGGCUAUGAUCUCGUCGGCAGUGUCAGUGCCUUCGACAGUGAUUUGCAAGACAUGAUCCUUCAAGCCGCGCUGGCCUCAGACCCUACAGAGUUGGCGGCCAGUUUUGCGACAAGCUAUUCCGCCCGAGUCAUGAGCGUCAUCGGCCCGUUCCUGUCCACUCGCGACAACACUGCCGAACAGACUCGCACCUCGUUGCUCGUGGCCAAAGUCCCAAAGGCCCCACUUGCCAUUCUGGCGUCUUGUUGUCUGGCUUAUGUCCUGUUUGGUAUUGUUACUGCCGUAUUCGCCUAUCGCGCUCUCAGCCGUGUCGAUGUCCGCGACCUUGCGUUUCAGUUCGGUCUUCCUGCCCUGGGUCUGCAUGCGUUUCGCGAUCCCGUCACGGAUCAGUCGGCUUGGGCGGUCGAUGAUGCUGGACAUCGUCUGUUUGAUGAAACUAAUGUCAAGACGGAGACUAUGCGGGUCGCUGUUGAGGGUGGGCCGAGGUCGGGGUAUGUGUUGAAGAGUUUGGUCUGAUGUGGAGUUGCUUGGCUUCCGACUCAAGAGCGUCAGCAUCUUACAGUCAGUCUGGUUGCUCUCGACCUUUCCUCGGUGGACUGGUCAAUACGUCCUCUCAGGCUUGUCUGGAGUGAACAACGGCCACCGGACCAAGUCAAAGUCUGCUAGUCAGACAAAAUGAGUUUUCUGUUUGAUAGAGAAGGAGAAGGAAAAGGAGAGCAGAAAAUCUUAGAUCUGCCUCGCGAGACAGUGUGCAUGCCUACCUUGCAUCCUACUCUCUAGAACCAGUACGCCAGACGAUGCCCGAAGAAGACGGAGAGAGAAAGUCUCGUUUGAAAAGGCUGAGGUAGUAUUAUGAUUCUCACCUCACAGUGGUGGGUGCCAACGCCGGCGUAGGCACCAUCCUUGCCCGGACAUAAGGAGCAAGGAUUCGGAAAAACAAAAUAAAAGGAGAGAAAAAAGAGUAGAGCUGAGCCCAGUCACUCCAAUACAAUACAAUAUACCUGAAUAUUGAUUCCAGACUAUUGCUUUUUGCCCAACCUAUUUAUAUCAUAUUUCCGAUAUCCAUCUCCAUGACCAUAUCCACCAUCUCCAACAUAUUCACCUCCGCCAUGAUCCAACUGCCUUCCAAUAUGGCACGCCCCCAUAUCUCCCCCAGCAGCCGCCCAGCAGCCGCCCAGCAGCCGCCCGUUUGAGACCCCUUUUACUGUAUCUAUUUCACACCCGUCUUGUCCCCGUUAGAACAGGAACCCCCACCUCCCCAAGAUCAUUAUUCCUAUCCAAAAACUCCCUAUCGACAACCGCGGCCCCGGGAAUCCUCGACAAAAACCCCAAACCAAGCAUAAUCUGUUCACGUUCCCAGAGUUUUGAGCCAUCAAUCACGCGGAAAGUAUGUCGGAAGGAAAUGAUGUUGUCUCCUUGACUUUCCCCGCUGUUCACACCACCACUACCAGUACCAGUACCACCAGGCACCACAGCCGUGGUUAAAACAAUCUCAAAACUCUUGAGAUCAUUAUUAAACCCGAUGUCACUGGCCCUCUCGAGUCCGUUAACCAAAUCCAUGGUGACGAAGCUGUCGAACACGGAUAGAUUGGUAGAUGCGAGGACGGAAACGGGGUCACCGUGGGCGGUUUGGGUGACCAGGGCGAUGACAUUGCCAUUGACGUCGUUUGAACUCAAAAUUUGAGACUUGUUGUUUAUUUUCGUUGUGUUCCCAGCAGAAGUGCCAUUCGCGUUGUUGCUGGUGCUAUCAUUGUCGUCACUUGUACCGGUACCAGCAGUAUUAUCGGCAACAGCUCCAGAUCCAGCAGUCACGCAGCAGAUCGCUUGAAUGUAGGCUGGGCAACUGGCUUCGCAGCCGCAGGGACAGGCGAGAGGGAGGGAGGGGCGCUGGCGGGCAUUGAUGUGUGUGGCGAUUGGCUUUUGUUGCGCUGCACCAGCGCCAGCACCGCCAUUGUUGUGGCCGUCGACGACCCCGUUUGUGUCUGGACUUGUUGCCUGUUGAUCAUCGUUGGAGUUGCUGUUGCCUCCUGGGGGCAUCACUCCAGACCCAGGAGUCACGCAGCAUAUAGCUUGGACGUUUGGCGGGCAGCCGGCUUCGCAGUGACAUGGACAUCCGAGACGUGCGGGUAUCCUGAAUCCGGGAACGGGUGAUCGCCUUGCAUCUGUCUCGGGGACAGGAGGCUCGGACUGGCCCUUGUCUGCGCUGUCUGUUCGAGAGGCUUGACCGUUGGACACAUCCAGCGUUCCUGCUGUACAGCAGACAGGGUCGCAGCCUGGAGCACACGUGAGGCAUCUGUCUGAGCAGAGUGCGUGUGUAGCAGCAGUGGUGGCGUCAAGUAGGUCGGUCCAUUUAAAUGCGUGGUUGAAGGUGUUUCCCCAUCCGCCGAUGUAGGCAUUGGUACCAGCAGCACCGGCCUGUGAGUGCUCGCUGAAAAUGGCUUUGAAUUUUUGCACUUUGCUCAUAUCGACAUUGUCGUCGGCCAUUGUGUUAGGUACAGCUUGUUGAGAGAAGUUGCGGACAUCUUUGGCUGCAACGAAUGUGGACAAGACCAAAAAUGCGGCAACUGCCGUCAAGAGCCUUGAGAAGCCCAUCGUCAUCGAAUCUGUGGUCCGCCUGUGGUCUUCCUGUAAACCACCGGUAGCAAUGGAUUUUAUGGUGUAUAUGGAGUGGUGAAAGAGAAAAUAUGUAGCUGGCAACCUUUAUGUUUCAACAGGAUUUAUAGUUUACUUCUCGUCCGACUGUACUGAACGGGCCCAAAGUGAUCAUCUCGACAUGACCGGAUGUAGACAACUCGCGGGCCGCCCUGCAACGAUUCGUGUGGUAUUCUGCGCAGCAUCGCAGGGACUUGGAGCUGACUGCUAAUCGUGGACAAAGUGGUCGACCGGUCUGAAUUGAGACGUCAGCGAAAAACCCCCAACUUGAGCAGACUCCUUCACCGAGGUUGCGUCGACGUGCAUGGCCCUAUACGCAGGUCAUGGUCCAAUCUGUGCAUUAUGUUGAAGACAUUGGCCGGUUCGCAACGCGUGGC